UGCGGCACAGCUGGGGUUGGCAGUGUGGACACAGUGGGGACACCCAUGGGGUGGGGACACCUAUGGGGGUGGCACUGGGGACACUAUGGGACAGGCUGGGGAUAGGACUGUGUGCAUCGAUGGUGCAUGGACAGGGGAUGGCAUGGGGGGACACCGUGGGAUGCAAUGGGACGUUUCCAUGGCACACAUUUGGCAAUGGGGACAGGACAGGACGCGUCCACGGGGCACAGCUGGCGGAUGGCACCGGGGACACCGCAGCGCAGCCCCCACUGAGUCCCACAUCCCCCGCAGGCCAUCGCUGCUUCAAGGCCAUCAUGUUCACCUCGGGGCUGCUCCUGGGCUCCAGCACCAUCUUCCUGCUGUGCUACAAGGAGCGCGUGUUGGAGACGCGGCUGAGCCUGGAGGUGAGCGCAGGCAUCGCGUUGGCCAUCGGCUCGCUCUGCGGGUUGGUCACCGCUCUGCUGCGCAGCGUCGGGCUCUUCUCCACCGGGCUGCUGCUGGGGCUGCUGCUGGCCACGGCCGUGCUGGCAGCUGCUGCACCGCUGGUGCCACCGCUGAGCCCCUGGGUGCUGGUGGGAGUCCUGCUGGGCCCGGCGUUGCUCUGCGCCCUGCUGGCCCUGCGGUGGCCCAAAGCGCUGACCACCUUGGCCACUGCCGUCCUCGGCGCUGCCGUGGUGGUGGCGUGUGUGGAUUAUUUCGUGGAGGUGUUUGCUUUGGUGCUCCACGUCUCCGAGAGGCUGCGGAUGGCGGCGGUGGGGCAGCUCUGCUGGUACAGCUGGGUCGUGCUGGGGGUAUGGCCGGCGCUCAGCCUGCUUGGUGUCCUGCUGCAGCAACGCAGGAAGCCAAAUGCCAGCAGAACUGAACCCCCUCCAAGUGCAGCCACCGCCACCAGCCUGCCCCAGUGACACACUGCUUGUGCAACGUGUUGGCCUUGAGCUACAUCCAGAGCUUGUGGGACCUGCAGCUGGAGAAUGCAGCCCCCCCGGACCCUGCUGGGACCCCCAGUGAUGGCUGUGGCUCCACCGUGUCCUUCGCCACCCCAGUGCCUCGAGGCCACCUCUGAGAGGCCGCUGUGCCCCCACCCGCUGUGCCUUGGGUUGCUGUCCCCCCACCAUGCCUGCCCUUUUAAGUAGGCAAAUAACAGGGGAUCCUCAUGGGGUAAAUGGGAGCUCCUGCCCCACAACCAGCCCCACACCCACUGCAACCCCUGCUCCCUGUCAGCUCCAGAGAGGUUCGGCUCCACUCUCCCUCCAGUGCAAGAAAAGACUUCAUAGAAAAUAACACCCCACAGUUAUUUUUGUAGGUCCUACCCAAGUGCUGUGCACGCACUGCUGGCUCAGUAUCUGAGCUGUAGUUUCUGAAUGCCUCCAGCUGCCCCUAGCUCCUCACUCCCAAACCUCUUAUACCUCCAUUCCUGCUGCCAGGAGGCCCCCAGCUCCACCGACCACAUGGGCUGCCCGUUCCUGCAUCCCCCAAACCACCGACACCCCCACCUAUGACCCCUGAGCUCCCUAGACCCCCACACCUCCUCCUCCACGCUCCAGAAUCCCCCAGUCUCCUUAUGGACAUAAUCACUCCCAUCUCAGACUGCCAAGCUCCAUCCCCAUGCAUCACCUCUCUGAUCCCGGGACCAACCACAGCACUCCCUGCUCAGCCCCACGCAGGAUGAACCCAAACGUGGCCCCAUCCCCCCAGCAGAGCCCAGAGCAGGGUUGGGGCAGAACAAGCACUGUCCCAUACGCUGUCCCUCCCAAUGGGCAGCAGGACGUGGGCUGGUGCCAAGCCAGAGGAUGGGGCCACCCAGAAAAUGGGGCACAAGAGGGGGGGCAACACUCCAACGCUGCCUCACGGGACACAAAGGCAGCUGUGUCCCACACACAGCCCCAACGGUGACACUGGUGUUGGCAUGGCUGCAGCUGGGCGGGCUGAGGGGGUUGGGAACUGUGGGAGGAUCCCAGCACUGUCCUCAGUAGGGAAAGGCAGAGCUGAGCUCAUGCCACGGGGUCACUACUGCAAUUUUAUUAUUGCAUUUUUAAAAAUAAAAGGAAGAGGACGACAGGCCGUAACACAGAAUGCGAGGGGCUGGGGAAGAAGUCAAGGAAGAGCUGCUGCCCCUGCCUCACCCGCAGCACCAGCCCUGCCCACCCGGCUCCCCCAAAUAAACUUCAAAAAGGA